UCAGCGAACAUUCGAAAACUGGCUCAGAUCGAUCUGCAUUUAGGGCAAGUCGCGAGUGCCACAGCGUUCUCUUGUAAAGUUGCGCUGUAAAACAGCCUUCAAUUGACAGGAUUUUUGUCUCAUUUUACAUUAAAAAAAGGUAACAGACCUCAAACAUGAGUGGAGGCUCGGCUAAACGCCGAACUCGAGGAGGCGGCUUGGGAUCUCAGGCUAGCCUUGGCGAUGAACUUGAAAUGCAUGAGAAGGGUAGCCGACCGCCAUCUUCGCAUUCGAGGAACGCUUGGUCCGACGAUCUGUUAAGCGGCGGGCAUGACGAGAUCGAUUUUUCUCCGCGAGCACCCGCUUCGGCCGCUGUGGAUCUUCCUUCUGCCAUGGAACAAGAACCGGUCAACCAUCAAGCCCGUGUACCCGCGGAUGUUCGAGCUCCGGGCACGAAAAACGUACCUGUUGGUUGCUGGACACGGUUUAAAAGGAUCAUUCGAGGGUUUUGGAGAACACGACAGACAGAGGAUACUGACUCAGAUCCUGAGACUCAUGUGAAGACCACCUUGCGGGAGCUGAUAAUCUACCUGGUCUUCAUCACCAUCCUCUGCAUAUUGACAUUUGGAAUGACAAACUCCACCAUGUACUACUACACCAAAGUAAUGAGAGAUUUGUUUGUGGAGACAACAAUGGAAAACAGAAACACUUUCAAGGAUAUAACCACAAUGAAGGAGUUCUGGAUGUUCCUGUUGUGUUUUUCCAGACUGGUGUUUGAAUACCCAGCUACAGGCGGCUGUAUUCCGUCCUUCACCUUCCGCACGGUCAAGCUGAUUCGUUACGUCACCGCCUUCGACCACUUCGUCAUGGCCUGCGAGGGCAUCUUCAUCCUUUUCAUUAUCUACUACACCAUCGAAGAGAUCCUGGAGAUUAAGAAACACAAGCUGAAGUACUUCAAGAGUUUCUGGAAUGUUCUCGACAUUAUUGUCAUUUUCCUGGGCUAUGUGGCGAUAGCCUUCAACCUCUAUCGUACCUUUGCGGUGGACCACUUGCUCAAGGGGCUUUUGGCAGACAACACGCAAUACGCAAACUUCGACUCUCUGGGAUUCUGGCAGACCCAGUUCAACAACAUGGUGGCGGUGGCCGUAUUUUUCGCCUGGAUCAAGGUGUUCAAGUACAUCAGCUUCAACAAGACCAUGACCCAGUUGUCAGCCACUCUCAACAAUUGUGCCAAAGACGUUGGUGGUUUUGCAGUCAUGUUCUUCAUCAUCUUUCUCGCCUACGCGCAGCUGGGUUACCUUGUGUUUGGCACUCAGGUGCGCGACUUCAGCACGUUCGAGGACGCCAUCUUUACACUUUUCCGUAUUAUCCUGGGUGAUUUCGACUUCCAUGCUCUGGAGGCUGCCAACCGUGUCCUUGGUCCAAUCUUCUUCAUCACCUAUGUCUUCUUCGUGUUCUUUGUCCUGCUUAAUAUGUUCUUGGCCAUCAUUAACGACACGUACGCUGAAGUCAAAUCCAACAUCGCCACCCAGAAGAGCGAGUUUGAGAUUGGUGACUACUUCAAGAAGGGAUACCAAAAGAUGUUGGAUAAACUGUCCUUCAAACGUGAGAAGAUCCUCGACAUCCAAAAGGCGCUGAAGUCUGCCGACGUAAACCAAGACAACAAGCUUGACUUCGAAGAAUGGCGAGCGAACUUAAAAUCCCGUGGCCAUGCUGAUGCAGAAAUCGAAGCGGUCUUUGCCAAGUACGACUUAGAUGGCGACAGAAUCUUGGACGAGGAAGAACAGAGAAAGAUGCAAGAAGAUCUGGAAGGACAGAAGGCUGAACUGAACGACGAAAUCGAGGAGAUGGAACGAGCCAAAGAAACAAAGAGUGGACGUCCCAAGAGCGCCAGCAAUGUUAGCAGUGAUGAUAGUGACGAUGACGAGGGUUCCACCGGCGGACUGAGUGCGCGAGCCGGCUCAGCUAUGGCUCGAUCCAAUGCUGGUGGGGGAGGAGUCUCGUAUGAAGAAUUCAACGUUCUCAGCCGCCGCGUGGAUCGCAUGGAACACUCCAUCGGUAGCAUUGUGUCCAAGAUUGACGCGGUCCUUGUCAAACUUGAGGCCAUGGAGAAGGCCAAGCUGAAACGACGCGAGACUAUGGCUAGACUGCUCGACUCCAUCGCUGAUAGUGACCGAAGUGAGCGCAGCGAGCGGGAUCUGAAACGAGAUCAGAUGGAAAGACUGGUGCGAGAGGAGUUGGAGCGCUGGGACAGCGAGGCAUCCAUGAACCGCGAGGGCAGCCCCAGUGGUUCCCGGGCUGCCACGGCUAAAUCCAGCCGCGGAUCCCCGUCACGAGCUUCCCAGGCCUCUGCUGGCUCUGCCAGGAUGCAUGACCGCGAUCGUGAAGGAAUUCCCCCUGUGUUCAACGAACAUACAAACGUUUAGUUCUCACGGAUGCAGUCGUCUUCUGUUAAGAGAGCUUGGCAUAAAGUACUGAGUAAAAAUCGACAUAGUCAAAAUAUAGAUUUAAUUUAUUUGCCUGUCUGUUUUCCGUCCACUAUUCAAGCAUAUAUUGUUAAUUGGCUUCCACAUUGGAGAAAUUUCGUUCGUUGACCUGUUUUCGAGUUAAUAGCUUUCAAGAAAUGCUUCAGAGUAUAGUAAUAGCCGGCAGUCGUAAUUUCACACGGUUUCCAAAGGAGAAUCUCUUCCCGGAUCUAACCGAUAUUCAGUGCCGUAAAAAAAUUCUCAUCGGACGUGAAGUAUUUAUUCUAAUUUACCGUCUCUAUUUCACAUUUAGUCUGUCCCAGACACUCUAUUUUGUCUUGAGUUCGUGAAGAUCGCAUUUAGCAGAAGUAUUAGCCGGAGGUAAUUUUUAAAAAAAGCCCGAAUUCAAGGGGGUGGCCCAGGGGAAUGACAAAAUUUGCGCCCUCUUCGCGGCCGUUCUCGCGCGUUCGCGCUCAAAAAAGAAAGUAACUCGCAAGAAAAAAUAGGCGCCUGUUAACAGACUAUUUCAGAAUCCGUUGGCUACUUGGAAUCUUCCCUUCUGAGUGAAAGAGAAACACGUGUGAAAUUAUGAAUUAAAUAGUAUACCUUACAAAACCAGUGCAUGUUCGUCUUGUGGUUUGUAGUAUUGUGUUAGAGGCGAGUUCAUGUAGGGCGUAAUUUAUUGCAGUAGAUUUGUACAUACGAUAAUUUAGAGAGGUCACGCGGGUCUUAAGGUAAAGUCACGUGGGUCUUAUAUGGUUGUCACGCGGUUUGCACGUGGUCAGAAGCUUCCGUAGACAAACUUCUUUUACAGAAGUGAUUUGUGAAUACUCGCAUUGAAUUUGAUAAUCAAGUUUAUCCAGCAAUCAAGUUUUUAAAGGUUUGGUUCUUUUACAUGCAGGACUUGAUCAAGAUAUGGCUUUUGAAAGUUAUAGAUUGAGCACAUUUUCAUACGGAAUAUAACAUUUUUGUGAAAUGCAGAGUUGAAAACUUCAGUGUAUGUUUAGGAAAAGGUCUUAAUGCUGAAGGCAAAAUGCUACUUGUUGGAUUUGGUUUUGGAGCCUUUAUAGAUCGCUUCAUUGAUCCGUUGUUAAUCUAACAAUAAUUGUUAAAAUAAUGACGCCACUUGUCUCUUAAUUGCAUCCGACUGCUGGCAGUGUAGGAGUAGCCUGAGUUUAGACCGCACUGAUGAUAGUAUUUAUGGUAGAUUGGCCGUUCUUGUUUACUUGAAUGCAUAUCAUAUUGCUCAUUAAAGGAGCUUUUAAUGUU